CAAUUCUCUUAGCAUGUCAAACACUGGACAACGUCAACACAUUACAUGCGCAUCCUCGACAACCUAGCCCCCCUGUCACAAAUUGUGAGGAAUACAACAAAUGGUCUAGAAACCGAGUCCAAUGACGACAAUCUGCAGCUCCGCAGCCCUAUAUCUCCUGGCUAGGGCUCUUACGGCAGGCGGGAAACGGCAAACGUACCGAAUCGGAGGACAUCCGUACGAGCAUGCCAAUCAACGCAUUGAUUGCCUGCGCAUUGAGCCAUGCUCAUAAAGAAUUUCGCUUAUCGUGAGUUCUGCAGAAGGCUGAUAUGCAGCGAGAAUUCCUAGCGUUGUGCAACGUUUGGCUUUGUGCCGCGGUCGAUAUCACAUGGGUAGCCUCCAGCGCACGCGUGCUUCAGCGACGGUAACACCCUCCCAGACUGCUUGUACUUCUCCGAGCACGAACAACAGUCAAGAUGAGAUGCCCGAGGAUCGUGUUGGCGCUUGCGCUCCUGGUCGCUGGAUCUGGCGCUGAGCCGAUACCGCGGGCUGUGGAACCACCCAGGGUUGAUCUGGGCUAUGCUGUCUAUGAGGGGAGUUAUGAUGCCGUUACCAACAUCAAUAUCUUCAAAAGUAUUCGGUUUGCCGCUCCCCCGCUCGGAAAGCUCAGGUUUGCAGCUCCUCAAGCCCCUGUGCGGAACAGAACGAUAGUAUCAGCUUUGAGCGAUCCGCCAGCUUGUCCGCAGACUGGCGCCUCUUCGCAGACACCCGCGGCUUACGGCUUCACUUCCGCGAUCGGGAACGAGGAUUGCUUGUUCUUGAACGUAUAUGCGCCAGCUCACGCGAAGAACUUGCCUGUCUUCUUCUGGAUUCACGGUGGAGGGUACGGGCUGUUCAGCGCCUCUGGGCUAGACCCAAGCGAAUUCAUGAACACCAACAAAAAUGACUUCGUGAGCGUUAUAAUCCAGUACCGCCUGGGCGCUUUCGGGUUCCUCUCUAGUCCAGAGGUGAAGCAACAUGGUGCACUCAACGCCGGGCUUCUUGACAUGAACCUCGCAUUGAAGUGGGUACAAGCCAACAUCGCCAAGUUUGGGGGCGAUCCUAGCAAGGUCACUAUUGCAGGCGAGAGUGCAGGAGCAGGCGCUGUUCUCUAUCAAUCUCAAGCCUACGGUGGGCGGCAGAAUGAAGACCUCUUCCGUAAUGUCAUCACAGCGAGUCCAUGGGUACCCUAUCAGCACGAUUAUAACGACGAACAACCCGCAGAAGCCUAUGCGGCGUUCGUUGAAGCAUCCGGCUGCUCAGGAACGAAGCAAAGCAUCGAGUGCCUCCGCGCAGCUGAUACCAUCAUUCUCCAGAAUGCCAGCGCCAAAGUUUCGGAAGCUGGCCCUUUUGGUACCUUUGCUUUCUUGCCAGUAACAGACGGUACAUUUGUUCAAGACCGCCUCUCCACAACCCUAAAUUCGAAGUCGUUAAAGGGAAAGCGUGUUUUGUCGGGUAGCAUGGCAAACGAAGGCGUGCCGCUUUCGCCUCCAACCGCGCGCACGUUACAGGAUUUUCGAGACUACGUCGAUGUAACAUUCCCCGGCUUUUCGGCAUCCGAAAAAGCCCGACUGGAAGAAACAUACUCAUUCCCCGGUGAUACCAUCGACGUGAAGCCCAAUGCUACGCGCUUUGCAACAUCCGGUACUGGUCUACCCACGGCACUAAACAUGAGUGGAUUUGGGACAGGAAAUCAACAACGUCUCUUCAAUGUCUUUGCAGAGUACGCCUUCGUCUGUCCCAGUUACUGGGCUGUUGAGGCUUUUGCAGAGGGCUGGAAGUAUCAGUUCAGUGCGCCUCCGAGCUAUCACGGGUAUGAUCUACAAGCGCUAUGGAGCGGAACUCCAACCCCCGGCAAAAGCUUCAAGCACGCUUUCCGUAAGAUUUGGGGCAACUUCAUCACAAAGAAUUCGCCGGUAAUAAGCUUGGAAGACGCGAGGGGUGGUGUCGCAAACUCGACGAUUCCGCCUGCGAGUGGGUAUGGUUCGAGUGACAUCUCUUGGCCAAAGUGGAACGAAAACAAACCGGUACUACUGAAUUUGAACGCUACAGGCGGCAUCUCUUCCUUCGUGCAAGCGACAGACGACCUUUACUACUACGUUUAUAGCGAUCCGGGCGUCAACAACCAGAUCAGUUUGGCCGAUGCAAAUGCAUGGGAGGGCGGAAGGGGCGGGCGAUGUGAUUUUUGGAAAGCUAUGGCAGGCAAAGUGCCAUACUGA